UAGCUCUGCUGUACGAGCUGCUCUACACUCAGGUGUUCGGGUUGGAGGAGGCGGAGCUCUGUCAGGCCAUGGAGGCCUUCAGGGUCGGAGGCCGUCGCUAUAGAAACAGUCCAUCAGUCUGCAGUGACAUAGACAUGGGCUACGACACACCUGAGGACCGCAGUCACAGGGAGGAGUCUGAGGUGGGUGGAGCCUCAGAGGACAAACUGCGAGCUGUGACCGACGAGAAGUCCACUGCAGAAGUCCCGCCCCCGUCCAGACUGUCUCUUCCAUAUAAGGUGAUGAAGUCUUUGGACUGGGAGGUGUACAGGAACGUUGAGUUUGACGUGUGGCAGGACACCUGCAAAGAGAUGCAGAAGACGGACUACAUGGUGUUUGCAGGGAGGCAGUACUUCCUGGGAGACAAAUGUCAGGUUCGUCUGGAGCCAAAGGGGAAAUACUACAACGCCUUCAUCCAGGAAGUAGGAACACACUCAUCAGCUGUGACCGUCUUCAUCGAAGAGCUGGGAGAGAAACACCUGGUCCCUCUGACAGACCUGAAACCAGUUAAUCCAGUUCCGGCCUGGAACGUCGCUGCGCCCUCCAGAAAAGGAGACCAAGACUUAGACUCUCGUGGUCAGCGUCAUCAGCGCCAUCGGUACUUCAGGAAGUCCCGUGGUAGCAGUGGCGUGAAGGGGGCGGAGCUGUUGAUGCCUCCACCAUCGUCAUAUGGAGGCCCCGCCCCAUCUCCCCUGCCGCCCCGCUUCCAGCCCACGGGCCACCCUAGACCCCCCCCUCCCCCGUCACCAGGAGCCAUGACCUAUGACCCCUACGCCCCCCCUCACCACCACCACCACCACCAUCAUCACCCCCAAGCCAGACCUCCUCGAUACGGAGCCUCCAGAAGCUCCGCCCGCUUCCUGAACCGUCACCUGAUUGGUCCACAGCUGACGUAUUAUCACCCCGGCAGGCGAUAUUACCACGACUACGAGAACUACGCCUUCAGGUCCCGUCGGAGUCGCCGUCAGCUCGCCGCUCUCAGUAAAGACUGUCAGUUUGGAUUCUCCACCGAGGGGACGGAGGAGUCCGCCGAUCUGGACCCGACCAUGGCGUACUAUCAGCUGGACGACAACGGCGAGGCCGUCUUCCCUCCACUGACGGGCCCAGCGGUGGCUCCGCCCCCCUCCAUUGGAGCCCCGCCUCCAACAUCUGGCUCCUCCUACAGGGUUCAGAGAGGGUCAGGGCCCCUCCCCCCGGCACCUCCUCCUGGGAACACACCUGUCUGCUCGUCGGAGGAGGAGCAGGAGGACACGAGCACGGUGGAGGACCAGGCAGAGUACACAGAGGAGUACGUCUACAUCUCUCAGGAUCAGAGCUAUGCGUCCUCAGGUUACACAGCUGCUGACUCCGCCCCUAACCAGGCUGAACAGGAAGGAGGGACAGCUGACUCCCCACAGAGACCAGAGAUGAACUUCAGCUACACGCAGCAGGUGGUGAAGCCAUUACCGGUGAUCUGCUCCUCCCCCUCCUCUUCCUCAUCCUCCCCCUCUUCGCCAUCAUCACAUGCACCUGCUGCUCACCUGCCUCAAGUCCCUCAUACACAGGCACGCCCAGUUACCAUGACGAUCCCAGCCUCCCCCUGGUUGGUCAAUGAGCUGGGUGAGCCUCUUUGUAGCAACGUAGCUCCGCCCCCUUACUCCUACGACCCUAACGGCAGCGAUUUACCUCGAGACUGCAGAGUCCUCCAGUAUUACUUCAACCUGGGAGUCCAGUGGUAUCAUCAGAGCUGCUGGCAGCAGCAGGUCUACCCCCCUUCCUCACCUGAGGCCCCGUACCUCUACCAGCACUACACCCCCUUCCUGAGCCAGGACACGCCCCUCCAUGCUGUCCCCUCUUCAUAUCAAGAAGCAACACGAGGCCCCCAUCAGCCCCCCUCCUCCUACCCAGAAUCCUCCAGGGCCACAGACACCCAGACAGACGGCCACGCCCCCUCGUUGGAAGGCUCCUCCUCUGUCAGCCCCACGCCUCCAGGCUCCGCCUCCUCACCAGCUUCCAUGUAUUCAGAUCAGACACACCUCCCCCCUCACUCCCUGCUGCACCUGCCAUAUGAAGCUCCGCCCCCAGCUACCUACCUGCCCUCAGCCCCGCCCCCUGCUCACCCUCAUGCCGUCCACCUCCCCCACCACUCCUCCUACCACCCCUGCGUCCCCUCCUCCACCCACUGGGGGGCGCUGCAGGGCGGAGGCCACAACCCACGGGGCUACUGCCCCGCCAACAACCCUGCCCUCGUGGUCAGCUACAUUCAAGCCCCGCCCCCCCACCACACAGCCACGCACUACAUGCCCUCCAACAUGUAACACACACACACACGCUCUGGACUCUAUCUCAACAGGGGUUAGCUUUAUGCUAUCUUUCUGUGUGUUGUCAAUGAGCAGUGCUAACAGUUAGCAUAAAGUCAACUAAGCUAACGAGUAUUUAAAGUGAAUCAGGGGUUAGCUGUUAGCAUGUUAGCUUCAUACUGAGAGUAUGAUUGAGCAACACGAUGUUCGAAUCAAGCCAGCAGGUUGUUAGCUUGUGGCUAAAGUUGUAGUUUCAGGACUCUAAACGUUGACUAAUCACUUCCUGUUCACCUGGUUCAAUCACCUUGUUUGGGUUUCAUUUCACUCACUGUGCCUUUAAAUCACACCUGGCCAAUCAGGUGCCCUGGCCCUGGUUGUCAUGGUAACAAGUGGCCUUGAAGUCAACAGAUUGUGUUGAUAUAUUUCUGUUUGUUUAAGAGCACCAGCCAGCCAAUCAGAGAGAGGGGGCGUGGCCAGCCCCGUUUAUAGUGAGGGCAAGUUUUUGUGUUCACACCUGUUUGUUUGUUUUCAGGUAAAAAAUAAAGUUUGAUUCACCAGCA